UCGAAAAUCCAGGAUUACAAUGGGCGAAGCAUGCACCAGUAAUUCCCUUUUUUAGUUCUUUAAAAGUCUAGUUCAUUAUUAAAUGAUUACGACUGCAUCGGGUAAAAAUUUCACCUUAAAAUGUCCGCCUUUUAAAGAAUUGUGUAUUCGUUGAACUGAGUGUUGGAUAUAAAUCCGUAUAUGUAUUUGGGACUAUAGAAAUGGAUCUUAGUUCAAACUCCGUGUUAUUCUUGACCAUCCUGGUCCUGGGAUGUGCCUCUAACGCCUUGGCGAUUGAUUGCUGGGUGUGUAACUCUGACAGUGACCCUACAAACUGUGGAGAGACCAUCAAUGAUAUAGGACUACAGGACGCAAAGAGUACGGCGUCAAACUGCGCCGCGUGUGGCAAAUACUUCAAAAGUCUUGGAACAGUUUUUACAUAUGUGGAGCGGUCAUGUCUCACCUCUGAGUCGGACACGUGUGACAACAAAAUGGGGUACGGCUACUGUACGUGUUCCACCACUUACUGUAAUGGCCAGGAGCGGAUCUCACUAACGACGCCCCUGGUUCUGCUAACAACUGUUUGUGUUGUUCUGUUCAAAUAUUUAUGAAACAUCCCAACAAACAUUUGAAGAGGAUUGGAGAAUCAGUAUUAAAACUUUUGGACUUAUUUGACAGUUGGAGGCGCGGAUUUUUUAAAAACAAAAUUGAUCGUUCAUUCUUCAAGUUUGAAUUGUUUCAUAAAUGUAAAAUCUUGACUGCUUCAAAGUUUUUUACCUUGCCGAAAAUUGAAACAUUUUUUGAAGACAUUGUUUAAGUCAAUUGAAGCAAAAAAUGGUUUUUCGUACUUCAGAGAAAGAGAGAAAGAAACGCAAUUGGUGCUUUGAAUUAGUGUUGUGUUUUAUGUUACGUACAAUAUUUCUUAGACCGUUAUGUGUUGAACUUCAUUAUUAGGUGUAUUAUAUUUAUAUCAUGUUUUUUCUAUAUAUGAAACAGUUUUAUUUGUUUUCAUUUUUUCCCUUUUAUAUCAUUUAUGUAUUGUAUAAGUUGGGUAUUUCUUAAA